AUGAAUAACACAAAAUGUUCAAAUCAAAAUCUUAAUGUUAAACAUAUAACUACUUUAUUUGAAGAAGUUCAAAAUCGUUAUAUUAAUAAAUUAAUAAGUAUUGAUGAAAAAAAUAUUACAAGUGAUGAACGACAUAAACAAAAAUUAGCUAUUUAUGAAAGUUAUGUAAAAGAUUUAUCAAUACAAACACGUUUACUAUUACAAAGUCUUGAAGAACUUGAAAAAGAAGCUAAUCAACGUGUUACAUUACUUGAAAAUAAACUUAAAAAAGUUAAUGCAUCAUUACAACAUCAUCAUUCAUUAUCUGAUUUAAAUAAAACAACUGAUAAUAUUGAUACAGAAAAAUGGAAAUUAAUUCAUGAAAAUCUUGAUCUUAAACAAGAUCUUGAUUCAUUAAUAUCAUUUAUUAAUAUAGCUAAACGUACAGGUAAAUGGGAUACAAAACGACUUCAAUUAAAAACUCUUCCAUUCGAUUGUAUAUUUGGUAUAACGAAUGAUGAUAUUCAUAUAUCAACUUCAUUACAUAAAGAAAUUCAAUAUCGUGAUGAACGUAUACAAGUUUUACAAGCUGAAAUUGAACAUCUUAAAAAAAUACAAAAUGAUUUAUCAAAACAAACAUUGAAUCUCAAUUCAUUGACAAAUGAAAAUGAAUUUAAAGGACAAAAUAUUCUUCUUACAAAAAAAAUUGAUGAACUUCGAUCGAAAUAUGCUGAAGAAUGUCAAAAAAAUGAAGCAUAUAAAAUGGAAAUACGUCUUAAAUCAAAUCAAUUAAAAGAUCUUGAACAAGAAUUUAAUUUUAAAAAACAACAUUAUGAAGGACAUAUACAUGAUUUAUCAAAUAAAUUAAAAACAAUUUCUGAUCGUCAUCGAGAAUCAACAACAAUUUUAAAUAAUGACUUUCAAGUAAAAAAACAACAAGUUGAACAAUUAACACAGCAAGUUGAACAAGUUAUUAAUGAAAAAAUUGUAUUUGAAAAUGAACGACAUGAUUUAGAAAGACAAUGUCGUGUAAAAGAUACAAUAACAGCUGAUUUAGAAGCACAAAUUCGUAAUUUAGAACGACAAUUAACAGCAAAUAAUCAUCUAAUUAUUCCUACGGAACCAACUGUAUUAAAAGUUGAAUAUGAAAAACUUGAUCAAGAAUUAAAUUCAACACGAAAACGACUCGAUACAAUUAUAACUGAAAUUAAAGCAAAAGAUGUAUUGAAUAAUAAACUUGAACAAGAUAUUCGUUUAUUAAAAAAAUUUCAUGAUGAACAAUUAGAACAACAAGUUCAAACUGCUGCAUCGGAUGUUGAACAAUUACGUACAGAAAUUCGAACAUUAAAACAUCUUUCUGAAGAAAAAGCAGAUGAAUUUCAUAAGAAAUGUUUGGAAUUACGUACAUGUCAAGAACAUUUAUCAAUCGAACAUAAUAAAAAUAAUACAAAUGAACAUGAACAACAACAAUUACGUAAUCUUCUUCAACUUUCAAAUGAACAAUUAGAACAAAUUCAUAAUAAUUUACAAGAAAAAAUAAUAAAAAAUGAACAAUUUGAACAAACAAUAAAUGAAUUAAAUUCAAGUAAUAAUCUUCUUGAAACAAAAUUAUUUGAAACAAUGACAUUAAUUGAUUUACGUAAUAAAACAAUCAUUGAUUAUGAACAACAAAUAGAUAAAAUAAAAAAUGAUUUAUUAAUUAAAACAAAUGAAAUUCUUGAUAAACAAUCUCAUAUUGAUCAAUUAGAACAAAAUCUUAUUAAUAAAACAGCUGAAGUUGCACAAUUAACUGAAACACUUGAAACUGAUCUUAUUAAAAAUCAACAUAGAGAAAAAUUUGCUGAAGAUCAUGCAACCAAAUCAUUAAAUGAUAUUAAUGUUUUACAAAGAGAACUUCGACAUUUAUCUGAAUCAUUAGUUGAACGUGAACGUACAAAUACAACACUUAAUGAACAAAUUCAAAAAUUAACAAAUGAAUUACGUAUAAAAUAUGAUGAAUUUCAACAAAUACAAAAAUCGUUAAAUAAACAAUUAGCAAUUAAACAAGACCAACUUGUACGUUAUGAUCAAAAUCUUCAUGAAGUUGAAAUAAAAUGUAAAUAUGCUAAAGAAGAAUGUUUAAUACAAGAAAAAGAAAUUAUUCGUCUUAAUAAUGUUCAAGAUGAACAAGCAAAUAAAAUUAAAAUUUUACAACAAGAUUUAAUCAAACUUCAAGAACAGCGCGACUCAAUAUAUAUUCAAUAUGAACGAUCUGAAGGUGAUUUACGAAAUAUAACAAUACUUCGUGAAGAUGAAAAUCGAAAAUAUAGUGAAGAAUUUGAAAAAUUAAAUAGUGAGAUAUUUACAUUAAAAGGCAAUGAAGUUACUUUAUUAAAAAAUAUUGAUGAAUUAAAACAAAAUCUUUUAAUGAUUUCAAAUGAACGUAAUGAAUUUCGAGAACAAAAUGAUAAUUAUCAAAAUGAACUUGAAAAUUUACAAAAACUUCUCUAUGAUGAAACAGAAUCAGCUUCAAAAUCUACAUCAAAAGUUACUGUAUUAAUUCGACAACUUGAUGAAGAACAAAAACGUUCAAAUGAUUCCAUAAAUCAAUUAAAUGAUAUACAAAUGCAAUUAAAAAGUAUUUCAAUAACAAAUGAUACACUUAAAAGUGAACUUAAUCAAGCUCGUUUACUUAUUCAAGAUCAUACUAUCAAAGAAAAUGAUAUGAAACAAAAUUUAAAUCGAAUAAAUAGUUUAUUAGAUGAAAAAACAAAAUGUUUAGAUGAUUGUCAACAUGAAAUUGAAACAUUAAAUCAUCUUAUAUCACAUCUUCAAAUUGAUUAUGAAAAAUCUAAAAAUGAUUUAUCAAUAUCACAUGAUCAAAUAGUUCAAUUAGAAAUUGAUAAUCAAACAAUAAAACAAAAUUUAAUUGAAAAAUUAAAUGAAUUAACAUUAAUUACAAAUCGUUUUCAUCAAAUUCAACAAGAUUAUCAUACAUAUGAAAAAAAUCAUCGAUAUUCAAAUGAUGAAUAUUAUGAACGUGAACAACGUAUUAAAUCUAUUGAAAAUGAAUUAACAACUAUUUUUUCUAAUUAUGAAAAACUUCAAAAACAACAUCAAUUAUUAAAUGAAGAAUUAAAUAAAUAUCAAUAUGAUUUACAAGAUAUAGAAAAAUCUGAUAGAUUACAUAAAGAACGAUUAAUGCAAUCAAUGGAUGAAGCAAAAAUUUAUAAACAAAAAUUAACUUUACUUGGAGAUUGUUUUAAAAUAAUUGUUCGCAAGGCUUCUGAAACGAGUGAGCAAUGGGCAAAUAUUAGUGCACAUGUUGAUGAACAAAUAAUUGAUUUAAAUGGUGAUGUUGAUAGACUUACACCAAUUGAUGAACGUUUUGAACAAUCUACAAAAGUAUUAACUCAUUUACAAGGUCAACAUGAAGAUUUUCUUGUAGAAUUUUUAUCACUUAAAAAAAUUGUUGGAAAAACUCGUUUAUAUUUACGUGAAUAUAAACGUAAAUGGUUACAAACCAAUGAUGAAAAUCGUCAAUUACAUAUUGAAAUAAAACGUUUACGUGAUAAACUUGAUGAUUUUCAUCGAGCAGAAAGUUUAAUGCACACAAAAAUUGAUGAACAAGAUAUUGGUUUAAAUCAAUUACGUAAAGAACUUAAUAAUAAAAUUCAUGCUCAUUCAGAAGCAGAAUUAACUAUUGAAAAAUUAAAACAUACAUUAGAUGAAAUAACAUUUAAAUAUGAUCAAUUAAUGAAAAAUAUGACAAAUGCUAAUAAAAAAAUUGAAAAUUUUGAAAAUGAUAUUAUUGGAUAUACAAAUGAAAAUCAUUUAUUUCAACAAACAAUUCAAAAAUUAGAAAAACAAUUAACUACUCUUCAUGCACAAAAUCAAUCAUUAGAAAGUACAUUAGAACUAAAUGAACAAUCUUAUCAUGAAAAAUCUAAUGAAUAUGAAUCAUUAUUAAUUUCAUUAAAAGAAGCAAAUAACAAUUCAUUACAUUUAUUAGAACAAAGAGAAGCUGAACUUAAUACAGCACAAUCAGAACUACAAACAUUAAAAUAUGAGCAAUCUGUUAUUAUCUCAAAGUUGCAAAAAUUUGAAGAAAUCAAUCAAGAAUUAAAAGUUCAUAUAUCAUUACUUGAACGAUCAAUUGAAGAACAUAAACGUUUAGUACGAAAACGUGAAAAAGAACUUGAACAAAUGAGAAAUGAAUUUGAACAUAAUAUAUUAAAUGUUUCAUCACUUAGUAAUAAGUGUACACAACAAGAUGCAGAAAUGAGUAUUCUACGUAUUGAAAAUGCAUCAUUAAAUGAAGAAUUACGAUUAAUGAGAGAAAAUGUUAAUCGUUGUCAAGAACAACAAAGACGUUUAAGAAAAGAUUGUGAUCAAGCUUUAAAUUUUAUUCAAGAUGAAAUUUCUGACAUAUGUUUAUCUAGUUUGAACGACGAAAAUAAAAAUAAUAAUCAUAAUGAAAUAUUACAAACACAAGUUAUGCAAUAUCAGACAGAUGAUAAAGAAAAUUUAAAAACAGAAAAUACACUUUGGUUUCCAUUGGUUCAAGAUAUUACAUAUGAUUAUAAGGAUUUUCAAGAAAAUAAACAAAAAUAUAAAUUAAUGAAAGCAUAUUCAAAACAACAACAAUUAUUAUUAAAUCAACUUGACGCUCGUGUACGAUUUUACGAAUCUGUUUUUGAAAAAACCUGUUUACCAGCUAUUCAAUAUUCAACAACAGCUCAAACAUCGAAUGUUUCCGAUAGUUAA